UAGUAGGGAUUGCUGCAUAACUGGAUAGACAAUCCCUCAGAUCUCUAGAAUCAUGAUUAAUGCAUGGACAAUUCAAAGGGAUCUUAAGGAUUGGGAAAAUCCGUCGAAAUUUGAACUAGAGAGAUUUUUUAAAGAGCCAAGAAAAGGUAAUUACAAUGGAAACAUUUUCAGUUUUCUUCCUUUUGGAUCUCUGGAUUGAGAGUCUGUGCUGGACUUUCUCUAGCUAAGAAAAUGAUAAAGUAUGUGUUGGCUACUUUGUUGUACUCUUUUGAAUGGGAAAUACCGGUUGAGGUUGAGGUUGAACUUGAUGUAUCUGAAAAUUUUGGACUUGUUACGAAGAAAAGGAGCCCUCUUGUUGCCAUACCUAUUCCAAGAGUAGCUACUUUGGAGCAGUACUAUUGAGGCUGGAUCCUUGAUGGCAUGUAACAGACGUCGCAAAACUCAUUGCAAAAGAAGGAAAAUUAGUUAAAGUAAUAUUAUUAUCAUGAACAGUAUUUAAUACACAUUUAAUACAUUA